AUGCAUAUUUCUUGUUUAGAGGAAGUCAGUGUCAGACUCAGUCACUGUCAGGCGAGUGUCUCAGAAAGCUGUAGCUCUCUAAUCAAAGACAGCAUGAUGAACCUGCUUUAUAUCCUUUUAUUGGUCCUUUGGUCAGCUUUCAAUUCAUCUGAUGCAUGGUACCUAAAUUACUCUAUGACAGAGCCGCCUCUCGCUACAGCUCAACCUUCACUAACAGCUCUACCCACCAUCGCAAGCCAGAUGCAGACUCGACCCACCAUCACGAGCACAUCGCAACAGAAUGAGACUCGACCCACCAUCACGAGCAUACCGCAUUACCAGACACAGACUCGACCCAACAUUACAAGCACAUCGCACCAGAAUGAGAAUGCCCCAGUGCCCAACAUCACAGUGUUCAGGCAGAUGCAGGACGGAGAGCAUGUGAUGGUGAUGUGUUCAUUUGGCAGGAGGUUCAUUGAGAGCUCUUUCCAGCUGUCAGUGGAGGGUGAACACAGCUACACACUGAAGAACCCACUGUGUUAUUCAAAUGAAAAGUGUGUGUUUGAUGUGAAAGUGAGCUCAUCUGUUUCCUUCACCUGUGUGCACGAGAUUAAUUAUGUGCUGAACCAUCACAGUGAGACCUACACCUACAGCCCAUCUGCUCAACCCAGCAACAUGAGGACACCAUAUUACAAGACACUGAAAGCUCAAAACCCCAUCACAAGCACACCGUGUUAUAAGACACAGAAAGCUCAAAACCCCAUCACAUGCACACCAUGCUUCAAGACACAGAAAGCUCAAAACCCCAUCACAUGCACACCGUGUUACAAGACACAGAUGUUUCUGCAACAUGAGGAAGGAGUAUCUUCAUUCUAUAUCGGCUUUUUCUCCUUCAUUGUUGUUGGUCUCGUCAUUAUGACUGCGGCAGUGAUCAUGACCACCCUUAAGAGCAAUACUAAAGGUUCAGUGAUUACUGAGACAGAAAACGACUAUACUAAUGUAUAAGGCGACAUCAGAGUUUCUGAAGAGGAAAGAAGAGGCAACCGAUCAGUUAAUCAAUUCAGACUGAUCCAAUCAUUUUCUGCAUGCUGAAAUGUAACACCCUUUCAACAUAAACACACACACACACACACACACACACACACACACACACACACACACACACACACACACAGAUGGAUAUAACUUUUACUUUUAUGUUUAAAUAUAUAUAUAUAGACAUGUGAAAAAGAAAGGACACCCUUUUGAAUUCUAUGGUUUUACGUACCAGGACAAAAAUGUAUUCACAAAACAUCUUAAGGCUAAAAGUAGCUCCUACCUUGCCGAUUUAAGAGAAACUCUUAAAAAUAAUGGGUGUGUCAGUCCUGCAGACUCCUACAUUUUUGAUCUUAGAGUAUUUCACAAAGCAAUUUAGUGCU